GCAAUGCUGGAUCCUUAACCCACUACGUGAGGCCAGGGAUCAAACCCGCAACCUCAUGGUUCCUAGUCAGAUUUGUUUUCGCUGUGCUAUGGUGGGAACUCCCCUCUUUGCUUGCUUUUUGAGAGGGUCUCUUACUAAAGGGUUUUGGUCUUGAUCUAAGGUAAUCAAAAUUAACCCCUAAUUAAAACCUUGAAGAGUUUUUAAUUGGGGUUAAUAAAUUUCCAUUUUAGGGAGAAUACUUAAGUUGCAAUCAAUGGAUGGAUGAAUGAAGGAGGAAAGAAAAGAAUCAGGGAAUCCAAUGAAGAGGUGGUUGAACAGGCAGGUUCCCUGCUGGUGGAAUGGUUAAGAUUAGGGACUUUCACUGCUGUGGCCUUUCACUGGCUGGUCUGGGAACUUGAGAUCCCACAUCAAGCCAGCUGCAUGCAGCAGACAAAAAAAAAAAGUUGCUGAAUGGUGACAGUUCAGGCAAGAAGUGAUGAUUCAGGUUCUAGAACAGUGCCUGGAACAUUAAAUAUUUGUUAAAAGUGUUAGAAAAAUGUGCAUCCUGGAAGGAAGACAGGGAAUUCCAAAGCAUUUCGAGGGGAUAAUUUUUUUUUUUUUUUUGCUUUUGAGGGCCACACCUGCGGCAUGUGACAGUUCCCAGGUUAGGAGUUGACUCAGAGCCACAACUGCAGGCCUACACCACAACCACAACAACUCGGAAUCCAAGCCACAUCUGCGACCUCCACCACAGCUCACAGCAACACCAGAUCCUUAACCUACUGAGCAAGGCCAGGGAUCAAACCUGCAUCUUCAUACACACUAGUUGGAUUCUUAAACAGCUGAGCCACAAGGAGGACUCCAUGUAAUCUUGAUGUGACAGAUUGGGCCAAGUUUGCUGGAAGUGUGAUGGUGGAUAGUGAACGGGAAGGGGAGGCAACAGUGAAGGAGCAGUGGAGGGCAUGUGUGCUAAUAACGGCUGUCCUCAAGACAUAGUUACUAAAAAAAAUAAUAACAAAGAAAGAAAAUAAAUAAAUAAAAUGAAACGCAACCAAAUGUUUGUCCCUAACGCUAAGUUGCCCAAAUUCGAGGAUUGGCCUGCGGGGGUCAAGAAAGGUUGGGGUUGGAGCUUUGCAAACGUGAGAAAGCGGAAGGACUACAAGUUCCAUGAUGCAUCCAGAAAAAGCCUCGAGCGCCAGGGGCGUGAUUGCACUUCCACCGCCACCGCAAAGGGCAAACGUUUUUGGCGACAUCCCAAGAUGGCCUCGGGGGCAACACAAGUGGGUGUGGUUCUCGGGGAGGCCACGCCCACAGAACGCUACUCCAAUAGGGGCCGCCUUGGUGUCCCUGGCGACGGCGGCGGUGGCUGCCGGUUUGCUUCCGGAGGCGCCGCCCGCCGCCGCCGCGGUCUCUGAGCUAGGCGCGCACCCCGUUGGCGGUGGGGAGCGGGCUCCCCCUUGCGUUCGGCGGGCACAGCCUGUCCUGUGGAGCAAGGAGGCUGUCCCGGAGGCCCAUCAACCUCGGGAAAGAGCAGGAGCCGGCCGAAGGGCGGACAUGAGCGACCAGCAGAGUCCAGCACCGAGCCGAUAGGGGCGAACCCAGCAGCCCCUAAGUUCUCUCCCGCACCUCAGAAUCUAAGAGGAUGGAACCAAAUACCUGUAAGACCAGUGAGUCAGAGGAAGACUGUGUUGAAGAAGAGGAAUCCGAGGAGGAAUGUGUUAAAGAGGAUGUUACCGUCACUUCUAACCCUUCUCAACAGGCACUCUCAAAGGCUGACUGUAAUGCGUUUAAGAAUGGAGUUCCCUUAUCUAUUAUAGCCAAGAAAAUACCAAAGGAAAUCAUCCCAACUGACCUAGAUGACUUAGAAGUUGGAAGGAGAAAGAGAAGGCGGAAACGCAGACCCCUGGCCAUCAACUUGACCAACUGCAAGUAUGAGAGUGUGCGUCGUGCAGCUCAAAUGUGUGGCCUGAAGGAGGUGGGGGAGGACGAAGAAUGGACUGUGUAUUGGACAGACUGCUCUGUCUCAUUGGAACGAGUCAUGGACAUGAAGAGAUUUCAGAAAAUCAACCACUUCCCUGGCAUGACAGAAAUCUGCCGCAAAGAUCUGCUGGCUCGGAACCUCAACCGCAUGCAGAAACUCUACCCCGCUGAGUACAACAUCUUCCCCCGCACCUGGUGCCUCCCAGCAGACUAUGGGGACUUCCAGUCCUACGGUCGUCAGCGGAAAACCCGCACUUAUAUCUGCAAGCCAGACAGUGGCUGUCAGGGACGUGGCAUCUUCAUCACCCGAAAUCCACGGGAGAUUAAGCCAGGAGAGCAUAUGAUCUGCCAGCAGUACAUCUCCAAGCCCUUCCUCAUUGAUGGCUUCAAGUUUGAUAUGCGAAUUUAUGUCCUGAUCACAUCCUGUGACCCUCUUCGGAUCUUCAUGUAUGAAGAGGGCCUGGCUCGCUUUGCCACCAUGCCCUAUGUGGAGCCCAGCCACAGCAACCUGGAUGAUGUCUGCAUGCACCUGACCAACUAUGCCAUCAACAAACACAGUGAGAACUUUGUCCAGGAUGACACCAUGGGCAGUAAGAGGAAGCUGUCGACGCUCAAUGCCUGGCUUCGAGAGCACAGCUAUGAUCCCCGAGAGCUGUGGGGGGACAUUGAGGACAUCAUCAUCAAAACCAUCAUCUCGGUACAUUCUGUUCUUCGCCACAACUACCGAACCUGUUUUCCCCAACAUCUGAGUGGAGGUACAUGUGCCUGUUUUGAGAUCCUUGGUUUUGACAUCUUGCUGGACCACAAGCUGAAGCCCUGGCUUCUGGAGGUGAGGAUUAUUUCCUUGGCUUUGCAAAACCAAGGUCCGCCCCUGAACAGGACACCCGGAACAGGAGUGUACUCAAGUGGUGGAACAGAGAAUGGGGGUUGCAGAGGCACUGGGGUGGAAAGGAACUAGCAGAGGGCAUGAGAUAUCUGUACUUUCGGGAGUCCCCGCUGUGGUGCAGUGGAAUUAGUGGCAUCUUGGGAGUGCUGGGACUCGGGUUCGAUCCCCAGCCCAGCACAGUGAGUUAAGGAUCCA